GUCUUGGAGGCUUGUCUUGUCCUCUGUAGCCUACAGCCUACAGGAGUAGGCCUAGAGAGCAGUGAGAGCUCACUGACUGAAAGGACCAGGCACCUCUUUGAUCUCUGCAUUGGAUCUCCACUCCUCUUGCUAUUGCUGGCACUCCCUCUCUAACACUCCCUAAGGGUGAGACACCCAGGUGUGUCUGUUCAUCACACACCCAGUUGAAACGAGAGCAACCCACACCCGGCGGGCGUCCCAUCAGAGUCCAAGGUGGACCAAUUUUUCCUGGCAUUGAGAGCGGCAAGGCGCCCCCACCUGUCUGCAAAACUCCACCAAGACCAGUACGUAUCGAUGGAGCAGUGGUGUGCCUUGGUACCCUCCUCCACGAAUUCCUAGGCAAUGUACCUCUAGCGCCAUCCUGGUCGUGCAACUGAUCAUCGACCAAGGCUGUGCCUGGGCCACUGACCAAGAAUAUACAUAACCCUUCCCCUCGAACCUCUUGACCUCUGAUCUCCUCCACCAUCAUCUCGACUCUUUCACUUCGCAAUCCUUUCAAUUGCUUCUUCUCCAUUUUGAACUAUUGAUCUCACUCGACAUCACUUGGAUAUAAAGGAGUUUUCACUUCUCUGCCUCUUGGGUCAACCCCUUCACACACCAACCACUCUUCCUUCUCAUCAAUCACACACACCACCGCAGCCAUGGACUCCGAUUCUUGGGCUCACUCUUUCUGCCUCGCUUGCGACAAGCAGGUCCAAUCAUCAACUGAUGCCUACUGCUCUGAGUCUUGCAGACUGGCCGACUUCGAGAAGACCUCAACAACAAGCUCUCAAGCCAGCUCACCCGGCCUCGCUUCUCCUCCUUGCCAAUGGUCAUCGAAAUCCUCCAGCUCGGGCUUCUACCUGUCCCCCGCCUACGAUUUCUCCAACGCAAAGCCAUACGGAUCAAGGCACAUGAGCCAACCUACCUUCAAGCCUUACGGCACUGAACAGUCAACUAUUCGAUCCCUCACUCCCUCGAGCUCCCACAGCAGCCUCUGCUCCAUGCAAAGUACCUCAACAACAGGAGAGUCUAGUCAACUGUCAGACAAGGCGAGGAAGGAACUCCGAGCGUACGCAGUGUCCUUCGACAAUGUGAGGACCCAGCGAAGGCGAUCAUACUAAGUACGAUACUACAACGACUUCACACAUACACAUGCAACCUCACCUAAACAUCACCUAAAAACUUAUCAUCACGCAACUCAUUCAACAUCUACAACAUCAAACGCAUCAACGAAACCUCAACUCACACUUCACGCCUUUUUUCUUUUAUCUUCAUCGAAGAAUCUGUUUGUACCAAAGACGGGCAUUACACCGGAGCACUGCAUUAAAAAAAAGUUUGUUUUACAUCGACCCAUCACGAUUUCUUUUCAUCUCAACCAAUAUCUGGUGGGAUAAUCUUGGGCGGUUUAUUUGUCCAUCGGUAUCUUGUACCAAAUACAGGGCGGAUUGAUAUCAAGUUUCAGAACAUGGAUUACGGGAGCACGGGAGGUUUAUCAUGAUACCGGGAUACGAACGGCUGGGGACAUUUGGGUCUGGCGUACAGGACCGACCUGGCAAGAAGCCGGUCGAUGGAUUAUUCUAUUGGGAGGUAUAACUGCGCUUUUUGACUACGGGGCACUGGGCAUUGACAGGAACUGCGGAAGACUGCACUACACUGCACAGCAUAGCACAUCAUUGGAUACCAUAGCAUAGUAUAGCCAAAGAGAUCUUUUUUCUCCCUCCACACAAAGCAAGCCAAGUUUCCAAAGUAUAGUGUGCAUAACUCUCCGUGUUUCGUUUACUCCCCCUCGAGUGUCACCCAACUUGAAUGGCAUAAUCGACGGGUAUUCUUAGUCUCAUACAAAGGCACAACACAUCGACACUAUGUGGGUAGAAUUGCUUUUCUCGGAGGUUUUACCACCAAGCUCACAGUCACCGCCAGGGAGAGACUGGGAUGGAUCGACUUUUCAUCUGCAGUGACUCAGCAAUUUCGGCUCCACGCAUCUCAAUGUUAAGCAAGGAGAAACGAGGUUUCGGCGGCAUUGAAAUCUGUUACCAUCGUCGAAGCUAAAAUUCUACAACUAAGUUAAGUUACUAGACGGAUGCGCGCGCGCAGCGAAGAGCAAGGGUUAUCCGCCGGUAGUUCCAGACAAACUCUAAUGAUUGAGUAACAGCAAAGAAGAUUUGCAACAGUCAGAAGAUAAUACUAACUAACCUAAGAGCCGCUUUCAGCUCCGUUCCCCAGACUCGAUGUGAAAGCUUGGCCGGGACUACUGUGUGAGCCAUAACAGCUCCGAUGGCCGGCCAUAACCCCCUUGUUU